AUGGGUGUCAAGCGUAUGAUCGGGAAAAGGGAUGACCGUCGCAAGGAAGAUGCCGUCAAGAAGGCCGAGCUGGAGCUGAAGAAGAAGAAGGAGGAGGCCGUCCGUGAAGUACCCCAGAUGCCAUCGUCCAUGUUCUUUCAGCACAACACAGCCUUGGUUCCUCCCUAUCAAGUCCUGGUGGAUACCAACUUCCUCUCGAGGACAGUAGGAGCCAAGCUUCCGCUACUGGAAUCAGCGAUGGAUUGUCUCUAUGCAUCGGCCAACAUCAUCAUCACAUCCUGUGUUAUGGCUGAAUUGGAAAAGCUGGGGCCAAAGUACCGGGUGGCGUUGAUGAUUGCUCGCGAUGAGAGGUGGACACGCCUGACUUGCGACCACAAAGGCACAUAUGCCGACGACGUAUGUAACAUCCGAGUGCGCCACGUCUCCAAGGAGCUCACGGACUGA